AUGGCAUCUCUGACAGCAGCUGCGAACUGGACCGACAGCACGGGAGACAUAAACGCGGACGCCAGAGGAAAUUUGAGUUCCGCGCUCCUGGCAGAGGCUUCUGCAGAGUCCGCUGGAUCAGAGUGGUUGCAAAUGCUGGUCCAAGGCAACCUUUCUGCCUCUACCUCCUCUGUGAUAGGAUUACCAGGAGCUUCCCUGGCGCCUUCCCAGCCCCGGGCCAAUCUCACCAAUCAGUUUGUACAGCCAUCCUGGCGCAUCGCACUCUGGUCCCUAGCUUAUGGUGUGGUUGUUGCCGUCGCUGUCUUUGGCAACCUCAUAGUCAUCUGGAUCAUUCUAGCCCACAAGCGCAUGAGGACCGUCACCAACUACUUCCUGGUGAACCUGGCUUUCUCCGAUGCUUCCAUGGCUGCGUUCAACACCUUAGUCAAUUUCAUAUAUGCGCUUCACAGUGAGUGGUACUUCGGUGCUAACUACUGCCGUUUCCAGAACUUUUUUCCUAUCACUGCAGUGUUCGCCAGCAUCUACUCUAUGACAGCCAUUGCGGUGGACAGGUAUAUGGCUAUUAUUGAUCCUUUGAAACCCAGACUGUCUGCCACAGCUACCAAGAUUGUCAUUGGAAGUAUUUGGGUUCUAGCAUUUCUACUUGCUUUUCCUCAGUGUCUUUACUCUAAAACCAAAGUCAUGCCUGAACGUACUCUUUGUUAUGUUCAAUGGCCCAAUGGUUCAAAGCAACAUUUCACAUACCAUAUUAUUGUCAUUAUACUGGUAUACUGUUUCCCACUGCUCAUCAUGGGUAUCACAUAUACCAUCGUUGGAGUUACUCUCUGGGGAGGAGAGAUCCCAGGAGAUACCUGUGACAAGUAUCAUGAGCAACUGAAGGCUAAAAGAAAGGUUGUAAAAAUGAUGAUUAUUGUUGUGGUGACAUUUGCCAUCUGUUGGCUACCCUAUCAUAUUUACUUCAUCCUCACUGCAAUCUAUCAACAACUAAAUAGGUGGAAAUACAUCCAGCAGGUCUACCUGGCUAGUUUUUGGCUGGCAAUGAGCUCAACCAUGUACAACCCCAUCAUCUACUGCUGUCUGAAUAAAAGAUUUCGAGCUGGCUUCAAGAGAGCAUUUCGAUGGUGUCCUUUUAUUGAAGUUUCUAGCUAUGAUGAGCUACAGCUCAAGACCACCAGGUUUCACACAACUCGGCAAAGCAGCCUGUACACCGUAACUAGGAUGGAGUCUAUGACAGUGGUGUUCGAUCCCAGUGACACAGACAACUCUAAAUCUAGUCGAAAGAAGAGAGUGAUGACAAAAGACCCAAACUUCAACAGCUGCUCUCGCAGGAACUCCAAAUCGGCUUCCACCACUUCAAGUUUCAUAAGCUCACCCUAUACCUCUGUGGAGGAAUAUUCCUAAAUCUAUUUCCUGCUGUGGAGAGUAGUGUGAAAGUGUUAUGGUGCCCACACAGUUCCCCCUUCUGUUUUUCGGUCCUGCCCUAUAUACCCUCUGGAAUCAGAAGGCAAUCUUUAGGCAGCUAUGCUUCAGUUGAGGAUUGUGGCAUAUAAAGGUAACCAAAACAGUAUUUAAACACUUUGUCCCCACCAAAAAGAAAACAGGAUUUAAAUUU